AUGGUAAAAGGGAAACAAAGGUAUUCUUCUAUGAACAAUGGAGGCAAAUGGUUUGUUCAUCCAGAUUCUUCAGAAAGUGAGGUCAAAUCUCGAGAAACUUGUACAACCACUGGAAUUAUGCAGAGUCAGGUGAAGAUGUUGCCUCAGGUUUUCAACUUUGAACGCUAUCCUAAAUGGAAAACUCAGCAGAAACCCAGAGACGAUCCAUUUUCUUGUCAUGACAACAAUGCCUCAAAAGACAACAUUUUGGACUUCUCUCACGGGUUUGGACGGAGGAAGCCCCCCGAUGAUCUGAGACAGCAUAACUCUCAUUUUUGUCUGUGCGACGGUGCUGACAGCAGAAUUGAGACAACCAGCAGUACUUACAGAAAUGACUUCACAUCGAUGGGGACCGUUGAUGUUGCAAACAGAAGGAGACGGUUCCCUCAGAACCACAAGCUGAGGUCAGAAGAGGCAGCGAAGGCUCAGGCAGGGGAGCAGUUCAUGUGGUUCGGACAAGAUAGCGCAAACUCAAACAUCAGCGAGUCUCUGGAAGUUCUAGCAGCUACUUGUCAUUCAGCGCCUGCCAAGUCCUAA